AUGGCUGAUGACGUACCGCGAAGCAUGUCUAUCGUGCCGUACUCCUCCAACCGCGACGUUGUACUCCGCCAUCACGACUCCGUUGUGGUCCUCGACCGCGACUCCCAGCAGCUCGUCCUCCGCAGUGCAGACAGCUGCAAUGGCGACCUGGACGUCGAGCUGACGGACUGCCCCUACUGCCGCCGUCCCAUGCGAGAUCGAGAAGCUGGCCAGAAUGCGCGUCGCGGGUCAGGUCCUGCUCAGCCUGAGUUUGUCAACCCCGAUUAUUUUCGCUUGCUCCAUGACAGCUGGCCCAGUUCAGCCGAAGCGACCUCUCCUCCUCACUCUCCGCGCCGGCGCCUCGUUCAGCCAGCUCUCGCAGAUGGCCCGACCACCACCGGACCAGACCAUGCCAGAACGACAUCGUCUCCGCAAGGGAUUUCGUCUACCGCGUUCAGCCAAGGCUACUUCAAGAAGUUCUUUGUCGAGGAGGCGGAGCUGGGGAGAGGGGGCAAAGGGGUUGUCCUUCUGGUGAGGCAUGUGCUCGAUGGCGUUUCACUGGGCCACUUUGCUUGCAAACGGGUCCCUGUUGGGGACGAUCAUGAGUGGCUGGAAAAGGUUCUGGCAGAAGUGCAAUUGCUGCAGCAUCUCUCGCAUCAGAAUCUGGUGUCAUACCGGCAUGUGUGGCUGGAGAACGCCCAACUCAGCACCUUUGGACCAAGCGUCCCAUGUGCCUUCAUUCUGCAGCAGUAUUGCAAUGCGGGAGACCUCCAGAAAUACGUUUAUGGUCCUGCGCAGACCUCCAUGACCGCGCAGCAGCUGAAGGAGCGUCUUAGGAGAAGGUCAAAGGGCCAACCAGAUCCUCCAGUGGGUAUGCCCGGUCCUCGCAAGCUCCAGUUCGAGGAGAUCUACUCGUUCUUCAAGGAUAUUACCUCCGGAUUGCGUUUUCUCCAUAUCAAUGGCUACAUACACCGCGACCUGAAGCCUAGCAACUGCUUGCUCCAUGAAACCGGCCGCGAACUGAGGGUGUUAGUGAGUGAUUUCGGAGAGGUGCAGUCGGAAAACGCGGUGCGCAAGUCGACCGGCACCACCGGGACGGUAUCAUACUGCGCUCCCGAAGUAUUGCGGCGAGUUUAUCCCAAUGGCCCCUUUGGCAACUUCACCUUUAAAUCCGACGUUUUCUCUCUCGGGAUGAUUCUCCAUUUUCUCUGCUUUGCGCAGCUUCCGUACCGCCACGCGGAUAUUAUCGAGGAGAAGGAGGACCUGGAUCAGCUCCGUGCGGAGAUCAGCGAAUGGAAGGGGUUCGAUGAUACGCUCAAGAAAAUGAGGCCAGAUCUGCCAGACAAAUUAUACACCAUCCUAGAGAGGCUCUUGGCCUUGGAUCCGGAUCGCAGGCCUAGUGCAGAUGAAGUCCUGAAUAGCAUCCAGGCCGGCGUCAAUGGCAAUGAGGGCCGUCGAUUCACGAGGGCCGGCUCUGCUGGACCAGAGUUCCGUUCCUCUUCCCGGAUUCAGCCUGUUGAGAGUCCAGCGCCGGCAAGCCCUCGACCGUCUCGUUCCCCAACCGCAAGAGCGUUUCCCCGGAACACCACAGCCGCUCCUAUCCGUGCGAACGGAAUAUAUGAAACGAAGAGCACCAAGAGUCCUAGCCGAGUAUCUGAGUCCGAAACGGACAACCGUUUCUCCCGCAGCCCUGAGCGCAACUUGGUGCUUCAUCCCCGGUUCCGGGGUACACAGUCGUCCUCUUCACCCCAGGCAACUGAAGACCAUCAACAACAUCACGCCCGUCCAAUCGUCCACAACCAUCAGCGACGGCCACAAUUAUUACCGCCGCCUGCCAACCCGUCUGUCAGCAGCAAUUCAUUUCUCGUCUACGCGAGACUCGGAUCCUGGGGACAGAUUCCUUUACCCAACAUCCGAUUCGCACUUUUUAUCCUCAAGCUGACGGUCGCUCUGCAGUCCUGCGUUCCUCUCGCCGUGAACCCGUGGGUGUACUACCCGCUCGUGGUGUUCGCUGUUUUGACGCUAGGCAGCACGAGCAUGAAAGUGCAGGUGCUUUCACUAAUCAUGCAUAUCGCGUUGGUGGUGUGGAGCAUCAGGACGAGGACCAUGUGCAUCUGGGAUAUCCCAAGCUCGAUGGCGGUGUUGGUCUAG